AUGGAUAAUUACACCAGUGAUGAAGACAUCGAUGAUGACUUUGACACCCAGCUCAUCAUUCAACAGAGUUUACAGGAUAGUCAGAAGUCAGGAACUGCGGAGCAGUCACCUGAGGAUGAGAGUAUGGGCUGCCUUGUACGUGUGCUAAAUGUGAAUAUGUCCUCAUUUGACAUACUAAUAGGUAAGGAAGAUGUGUUGUCACAGUUGACCAAGUACCAUUCAGCUUUUGAUGAAGCAGAUGAGAUAGGCUGGCUUCCUCUCCAUAAGGCUGCAGUACAAUUAAAUAAGAACAUUUUGGAAAUCACCCUGAAAGCCUCAAAACUCAGUGUGUGGGAGCAAACCACCCACAAUGGUGAAACGCCACUGUUUUUGGCUGUCAGCAGUUGCCUCUUAGAAAACGUCAGUUUUCUCCUUCUCAAUGGCUGCAAUCCAAAUACCAAGAAUGUCGAAGGCAAUUCACCUCUUCUUACAGCUGUUCUACAGGACUCCUAUGAUAUGGCCUCCUUGCUCAUCAGCCAUGGGGCCAACGUCAACCUGCUGUGUGCCAACAAGAGGACAGCGCUCCACGAAGCAGCCAAGCUGGGCAGACAGGACAUAGUGGCACUCCUGCUGGCUUCCGGGGCACACCCCGACCCACAGAGCUCCUACGGAUUCACUCCUCUCGCUCUUGCUGCCCAAAGCGGUCACACUGAAAUCAUGCAACUCUUACUGCAGAAAGGAGCUAAUGCUCUUGGUCAGGCCUCUGACUCUUCUUCCAUCUUACUUGAAGCCGCUAGCGGAGGAAAUCCAGACUCUGUGACUCUCUUGCUAGAGUAUGGAGCUGAUGCCAACGUCCCUAAGAACUCAGGUCACCUGCCCAUUCAUGUAGCAGCUGACAGAGGUCACUUGUUAGCUCUGAAGAUUUUGGUUCCAGUUACUGAUUUUGCUGCCAUCAAGAGGAGUGGCAUCAGUCCAGUUCACUGUGCAGCAGCAGGAGCACACCCCAAAUGCCUGGAAUUUCUCAUCCAGGCGGGAUUUGAUGUGAAUUUCAUGCUCGAUCAGAGAAUCCGCAAACACUACGAUGACCACAGGAAGUCGGCUCUGUAUUUCGCUGUAUCAAAUGGUGACCUCUCUUCAGUUAAGCUGCUUCUGAGUGCUGGAGCUAUGCCUAAUCAAGACCCAGUUAACUGCCUCCAGAUAGCCCUCAGGAUGGGCAACUAUGAGCUGGUAAGUCUGCUGCUACGGCACGGGGCCAACGUUAAUUACUUCUGCAGAGUCAACCCUUUACAUUUCCCAUCGGCACUGCAAUAUACACUGAAAGAUGAAGUCAUGCUGAGGAUGCUGCUGAAUUACGGGUAUGACACGGAGCGAUGCUUCGACUGUCCUCACGGAGACAAAGGUCAUCCUUUCUCUGCCUUUGAAGGCUGGACAUCUACAGUCAUCAAAGAUACCAUGUUCUGUGAAGUAAUAACUUUGUCAUGGCUGCAGCAUCUCUCUGGGAAGGUUGUUCGAGUGAUGCUUGAUUAUGUUGACCAAGUUAGGAUCUGUUCAAAGUUGAAAGCUGUGCUCCAAAAACAGGGGCUCUGGUCAGAAAUCCAUUUUAUCUUGACAAACCCUCGCUCUCUUAAACAUUUGUGCCGCCUCAAGAUCCGGAAGUGUAUGGGACGUUUACGUUUGCGCUGCCCCGUCUUCAUGUCAUUUCUUCCAUUACCCAACCGUCUAAAGGCGUAUGUCCUUUACAAAGAGUAUGACCUUUAUGAACAAGGAAUUUUCACAGGAACCUGGUAA